AUGAAUAAGUAUAAGCUUCAACUGAGGCUUGACGACGAAAGAAAAGGAUCAAGAAUCCCAAGCGUAUCUAAAAAACAAGAAAUUACUCCUAAUCCACCUAAAUUGGUCCAAGAAAAUCAUUCUCUUAUUAUUCAAAAAACACCUAAAUCUUCAAGAGUAGUCCCAACACUUCCAAUAGGAAAGUUCUUAUCCUCCACAAAUGGCUGAAUAAACCAGCAUUCAACUUCUAGAUCUAUACUCCCCAGCAGCAAAAAUUCAAGCCAAAACACUACGCUCAUUUCCCAAGAAGAAUCAAAUUUUUCAAAUUCUUCAAUUUUGGCUCCUAAAUUACUUAACCAAACCCCCAAAAAUAUUUCAAAAAUUAUGAAUAGCACUCAGAAGAAAAUGAAAGAAAAUAUCUCAGACUCCCCAAACGAAUUAAAAUUGCCGCUUUCAGGGAUUUCUGUGUUAAAACAGUUUAAAUCAUAUUUAAAUGAUUGAGAGCAAGGGGAGAUUUUAGAUUACAAUGUAAUCUAUUAUAUUGGAAAACAUGAAGAAAAAUCGAGUAGCGGGGUAGGUCCGAACCAUGGGUUUGAUGAUGAAAGAGGGGACUAUAAGUUUACGAUUGGGGAGCAUAUUUGCUAUAGAUAUGAAAUAAGUCAGCAACUUGGCAAAGGAUCAUUUGGACAAGUUUUCAAAGCAUAUGACCACAAGGUGAGAGAAUUUGUCGCUUUAAAAAUCAUCCGAAAUAAAACGAGAUUUCACCAGCAAGGCGCUGUUGAAGUAAAAAUCUUAAAAUCUCUGAAAGAGUAUGAUGCCCAAGACCGAUACAAUAUAGUCCACAUAAAGGACCAUUUUGUUUUUAGAAACCAUUUGUGCAUUUCCUUUGAGCUUUUAAGCAUAAAUUUGUAUGAUUUUCUUAAAAGCAAUAACUUUCAAGGGCUUAGUCUGCCGUUGAUAAGGAGAUUUGCAUAUCAAAUACUGCAGUGCUUGAAGGUUUCAAACAGACUAGGGGUGAUUCAUUGUGACUUGAAGCCUGAAAAUAUUUUGCUUAAGCAUUCUAAUAAGUCAAGCUUAAAAGUCAUUGAUUUUGGGUCAUCUUGCUAUGAAAACCAAAAGCUUUAUACAUAUAUACAGAGCAGAUUUUAUAGGGCACCUGAAAUUAUGUUAGGGAUCCCAUAUACGUCUGCCAUUGAUAUUUGGAGUUUCGGCUGCAUUUUAGUAGAACUUUAUACAGGCUCCCCUCUCUUUGCUGGAGAGUCUGAAAUUGAGCAGUUUCAAUGCAUUAUGGAAGUAUAGGGUUUUCCCUUGGAUUUCCUAUAAUAUGAAGUAGCUUGGGUUCAAUUAGGAAAUUUAAGGGAAAAAAUCUAUAAAAGGAAUGCCUCCUUAUAACGUUCUUCAGCAAGGCACAAGAGUAAAAAUGUUUUUUGACGCUUCAGGGUAUCCUAAAAUUACUACAAAUUCUAGAGGGAGAAGAAGAUAUCCAAGCUCAAGAGAUCUCAAAGAAAUUUUGCAUGGGACUGAUGCAUUGUUUCAGGAUUUCAUUGAAAAGUGCUUGGAAUGGGACCCAGCAGUGAGAAUUAAGGCUGAAGAAGCUUUAAGGCAUCCUUGGAUUGUGGAUGGGGCUUCUAAGAUCCCUGUAGCUUCAACAACCCCUAAGUCAACAGAAAUAGUUAAGCCUGUACAUAAGCAAAAGCGAAGUUUCGAAAUACAUGCAAAAUCUGCUCGCAAUUCGCAUGGAGGGAGUUUUUUGUUUUAA